AUGGAUACAGGGAAUCAUUCCAUGGUGACAGACUUUAUCCUUAUGGGAUUAACAGACCAGCCAGAACUGCAACUCCCUCUCUUCUUACUCUUCCUACAAAUAUACAUUAUCUCCAUGAUGGGGAAUGUGGGUUUACUCCUACUUAUCAGGAUCAGUUCUCAGCUUCAUACCCCCAUGUACUAUUUUCUUAGUAACUUGUCCUUUAUUGAUCUUUGCUAUUCCUCUGUCAUUACCCCCAAAAUGUUGGUGAGCUUUGUGUCAGAGAAGAACAUUAUCUCUUACUCAGGGUGCUUGACUCAGUUCUUUUUCUUCUGUACUUUUGGUAUUGCUGACUGCUACAUGUUGACAGCCAUGGCCUAUGAUCGUUAUGUCGCCAUCUGUAGCCCCUUAAUCUAUAACAGUGUCAUGUCCCAGAAUAUCUGCUUCCUGUUAGUGAUAGGAGUGUAUACUAUGGGGAUCUUUGGAGCCAUUACUCAUACAAGUGGUCUAGCCAAACUGUCCUUCUGUGGAAACAAUAUUAUUAGUCAUUAUUUUUGUGACAUUCCUCCCCUUUUGAACCUCUCCUGCUCUAGCAUCUACAUCAAUGAGCUUUUGGUGAUGCUUCUGGUUGUGAUCAACUCAUUGGUAACCACUAUAUCUAUAUUGAUCUCUUAUGCUUUAAUUCUCUCCAGCAUCUUCAGGAUCCAUUCUGCUAAGGGCAGGUCCAAAGCUUUCAGUACCUGUGGAUCCCACUUGGCAUCUGUAGCUCUCUUGUAUGGCUCCAUCAUUUUUAUGUACUGUCAGCCUGCAUCAACUAGCAACAUUACUCAACAGAAAGUGUCCUCAGUGAUCUAUACGACAGUUAUCCCCAUGCUAAACCCCUGGAUCUAUAGUCUGAGGAAUAAGGAUGUCUCAGCCGCAAGUCUCGAAUGCGACCUGAAGCAGCGACUGUUUCCUGAGCUUCUGGCCCACAGACGGAGGGAGAUUCCAAAAGAGGUAGGGACACUACAAAGAGUGCACAACAGUCCAGCAGCUAGAAGGGCUGAGUCCAGGGGGACUGGGAGCAGCAAAGCUAGGAAGACUGCCAUAGCAGCAUGUUGA